CUUCAGAGAGACAGAAACGGUGUGUAGUGAAUCCACAAUCUACAGCAUCUUGAUCCACAGAGCCACCAUGAAGUCCCAGUUGUUCUCUCUGCUGCUGCUGUGUGUGCUGUGUGUAGGGGAGGUUCGAAUGGAGGACGGUGCGACUGUGAGCGUUGUGCGACUCUGUGGACGGGAGUUCCUGAGGGCCGUGGUGUACACCUGUGGAGGGUCAAGGUGGAGAAGGCUUCCAGUAGAGGACAUAAAUGGUCAGUAUCACGGAAUUACACAUAACUCCAUGAUAUUGUAUCUCUAUGGUCAUACUAAUUAUUUGAAAAUCAGUGUCAUAGUAGUAGCAUCUGUUACAAGAUUAGAAAUAUAACUCAACACUCAAGCAAUGUAUUUUGCCAUAUGCCAUAAUGUAAACUUGAACGAUAAAUCAUCAUACAACCUGCAGCUAUGAUUUGGGUUACAUGUUUGUAAAUGUUUGUGAAGUUUUAUAAUAGUUUGCCAAUAGAAUGAAGCAAGAACAGACACUGGUUGCGUACAUUAACAGUUUAGAAAAUAUUCCGUAACAUUGAUAACAGUCGGUGUUCUGGUUGUCCAGGAAUGGUGGACCAGAAUGGUCUAAAACCCUGGGGGGCCGAGCCUGUGGUGGACCAGAGACGACGAGACUUGAACGAAGCCCUGUCCACCGUGUGCUGUCAACUGGGCUGUCGGAAGAGUGACCUUACAAUCAUGUGCUAGGGGCCAAUGUGCAGACAUUGGCGACUUGGCGUUAAUGUUUGUUAGAAAAUAGUCCUUAUUCAAUAUAGUUGGUUGGCUUUCAAUGGAUGUCAGCUAAAGAUAUCAUUACUUCCAAUGACUUUCAUUUUACUUUUAUCUUGACUUUCAAUGCAAUUCCCUCAUUGAUCUUAUCAGCAAUAAACACUGCACUUGUAACCAC